AUGCCUCGCUGUUUGAUGGCAAAGAAGUGGAAGGCCUAUCCGUGGCCCGACCGGGUCGAAGAGUCUCCAGCAUCCCCUUCACCGCCACCUCCGCCGCAGGUCGUGGUCGAAGUCCUCGAGGAAGACGAAGAAAUCGACGUCGUAGGAGAUUCGCCGGCGGCUGCUGCUUCCAAGACUUCCUCCAGUCCAACUCAGUCGCCUUCGUCAUCUUCGUCGUCAUCUUCUUCUUCGGCGACUACAACCGGAACUAGUGGUGCCACCUGUUGGGGUCCCUCCUCACCCACGGCAGGCGCUACAGCGCCCAGUCCUCCUCCGCACUCUCCGGAAGCGGCCACCCGGGAUGCGUCCUCGACCAUGCUCUACAACGAAAAUAUUUAA